ACAAGUCCACUACAGUUCAGUGUACAUUAGCACUGAAACUUUAGCAACAGACUAUUACAAGAAAGAAAGGAUAAUAAUAAUAAUAAUAAUAAUAAUAGCGCCGAAGCUCCAUUUUACCAAACAAAUCUCUCUUUGGAUCUCCUCUGCGAGUUCUCCAAGGGUUUGAACAGAAACAUGGAGAACAUGCAAUAUGCAGAGGAGCUAGUAAGAGAAUUUCUUGUAUUUAGAGGGUUUACUAAUACCCUACAAGCUCUUGAUAAUGAAUUAUCCACUGAUAUCGGUAAAGGGUUUCAUGUUGAUAAGUUGUUAGACUUGAUAUUUGCUAUUUACAUUCCUAGAUUUCAAGUUGAUAAAUUAGUGGGUUUGCUUAAUUUUUUUAAGCAUUGCUUUUCCAACUUAUCGGAGAAUGUGCUUGUUGAUACUUUGUUAAAAUUGGAGGGUUAUAUUUUGCGGUAUUAUAUUGUUUACGCAAUUCAAUCGGGGAGGAAAGAUAUGGUUCUGGAGUUUUUUGGGAUCUAUGGGAAUGAGCUGGUGCAAAAAGGGCAUGACUGGACUCCAUGGUUCGCUAUUCCUUAUUUGAAGAAUCCUAGCUUGGAUCCUCAGUUUCGGAUUUAUUUCUCAAAGGAAUGGUAUGAAGGGUUGCGGUUGUCUGUAAGGAAUUUUUUCAAUGAGAUCUUCAAUGGUACUCAUAUCCUUUUGAGUAGAAUUACUAUGAUGAUAUGCUUUCUGAAAUAUUCUUUUUCCUUGUUAUUGUUACCAAUUUACCGUGCAUUUCAUAUUAAGAUGAUGCAUUUUGAAAUAUGGUGUUAUUUAGCUGGUCCAUGCUUCACAGCCUAAAAUGUUUCUCCAUCAGCCGGUUGCCAUUAUAUGUGAAUUAUUUUUGGAUCAUAAUGCAUUUGAUUUGUGAAUUUAAAGUUUCAAUUGCAAAGCCUGUGUCAUCUUGCCGCCGGGGGAGGGGGGGUGUUAUGAGUUCCCUCAAAUUACCAACACCUUCUUUUAUGUAGAACUAUCCCCUCUUCCUGCAAGCCUACAAGAAAGCUACGUGACCUUUUUGGUGUGAAAUAUUACAUGAUCAAAUGUUGCAUUGGUUUUUGGUUCAUAAUAAAGUGUUGUUACUGUUUGAACUGUGAAGAAUUUUUCUUAACUAAGCCACGCAUCCCUGCGCUGUUGAAGAUAAGUUCAGAUAAAAACACUGUCAACCAUCUAAAAAAAGAUAUCAAGCAGCUUAAUCUUAAACUAUCUCAACUUCAGGCUUUAUUGGAGGAGAAAGAGGCUUUGAUAUGCCGGUUAAGGAGUAGUGCUGGUAAUGCUCCAUCAACAUUGGGAACAAGUGUGGGACAAGCUAUCAGUAUUACUUCAUCUAGUGGCAUGGAUGAAGAAAAUUUUAUUUUAUCUGUAAGUGACAAGGAAAUUGAUGUUCCUGCAACCCCGGGUCUAGGAGAAAGAGAGCUCAAUCCGGAACGGGCUGUUGGGGAACCUGCCAAAAAUGUGUCCAGGCCCCGGAAUGAAUCAAGCUCUAUUUCUGAUAUUGACAAUGAAAGUGGUAAAAGUGAUGUCAGUCAUAUGAACUGUGAUAACUCUUAUAAAGAUGAUGGUUGCCAGAUGCAGGGUGAAGAAGAAUUCCCAGAAGUGAAAGUGGACUUCCAGGAGACAUUUUUAGGCCACACAAGUGCAAUCAGUCGUUGCCGCUUUUCUGCCUCUGGCAACAAUAUAGCUAGUGCUUCUGUUGAUGGCACAGUCAGGAUAUGGACAUAUGACUCAUCAACUUCAGCAUCAAGAAAUGCAACCAUUUAUUGCGGGGCAGAGAUUAUGUCUCUUGACUGGGAAUGCAAAUCUGACCGCUUGCUUCUCAUAGGCACUGCUGAUGGAGGAAUCAAAGCAUGGAAUGUUGAUGCAAAGAGAGUUGUCUGUGAUCUGAACACAAGUGAAGCAUUUCCCAGUGUCCUGGAUCUAAAGUGCAGCCCUGUAGAACCAAUUUUUGUUUCUGCAGCAGCUUCUAGAAGGCAUGGCUCAAACUAUAUUGAAAGUUUGGGAUUUGCUUCAUUAACUGUAUGGAACAUGAAGACAUGGAGAGCAAUGUCAGCUCUACCUCUUGGUGAAGAUCCUCCGGCAAUUACUUCCUUAAGCUUCAAUCACAACGGAAAGAUUUUAGCAGCUGCUGCAACUGAUGGAAUGAUCCACAUUUUUGACAUGGCUGCUGGUCUACAAAUUACUGGGUGGCCUGCACAUGAUACUGCUAUAAGCUCAAUUCUUUUUGGACCUGAUGAGACAAGUAUUUUCAGCUUGGGUUCAGAUGGGAAGAUAUUUGAAUGGAGUUUGCAAAACCAAGGUCAUAUCCUUUGGUCGAGGAAUGAUGCCAGGUUCUGUGACCCAGGGACCUCAAAACAUUGUAGACAUGAAAUGGCUUUGGAUGCAAAUGGAAGGAAACUAUUGGUAACAUCUGGUUCAGUAAGAGCACCCAUAUAUCAGGUUCGAGGAUAUACGAAUGGUCUUAAAACUCUUCCACACAGUGCAGCUAUAACAACAGUGGAUUGGCACCCGACUUUACCCAUCUUCUUGACUGGGUCUGCUGACAACUCUGUUCGAGUGACAUCUAUAUUGUAAAUACCUAACAUCUUUAUUUCUGUUUUGAUGUGUUUUGUCUGGUUGGUUGGAUGAAACAUGAAUUUCACUCCUGGUUAUGGCAUGACAAAUGUUUUGUCAUGGGUUUGAUUCAUGAUUGCGGAGGUUAUGAUGAAGGAAAGUGAUUAUGUUGUUUGGUGUUGAAUUCUCUGUAUCAUAAUGUCAACUCCAUUUUUUCUCCUUGUGAUGUUUUGAAUUAUUUGUAUCAUAAUGUAACUCCUAUUUCUCUCCAGAUUCAAUACAUUACUUGAUCUCCUGAGUUGCAGGUGCUUUCUAUA